AUGUCUGCACCGAAGCAACGUAUUCGCCAACGAUUUGGAUCGAUUCAGGAUUAUCUUUUGGUUGUGCAAGUGAAGAAAGACUUGCCAUUCCGUGCACCUCAUGGAGGAUUAAUGGCUGGCUGGGAGAAAGUUGCUACAACCCUCAACAGCUACGAUGCUUUCAAGCUGCACCAUCUCAAGGGACCAAUCGUUAAGAAUCGCUUCGAGCGUCUCGUUGAUCGCCAUCGCAGAUGGGUGAAGAAUGGCAGCCUCUUGGAAAAUGCACCGUCACAGGACGCUGCUUUUCAGAUCGUCAUGACUGAGCUCGUGCCCAAGCUCGAUGCUGCGGAGGCGGAACCGCUGACCCACACGCUAGGCAAACGUGGUCGUCCACGGAAGAUUCGGUCGGAAGAUGGAAUUGUUUCGUUGGAGAGAAAACAGUCUUUGACAGUCUCACAAGUGGUUAUUGCUCCAUCGCCAUUGGGCCCUCAACCUUCUUUGUCUACGUCUCUCCUCGUGGACUCUGAAGACCAGGCAUUGCCCAUUGCGAGCAAGGCAAGCCGUCAGCGAUUUACUCCUGAAGAUGAUCUUUUGCUGGUAAAGUUUGUCAAGGAGUCGCUGCCGUUUCGUGCCAAGUUUGGUGCGAUUUCGGCGGCUUGGGAAGACGUGGCAAACAAACUGGACAACAGUCCGACGUUCACGAAGGACAGCAUCCAAGGCCGAAUUGUGCGCUAUCGCUUUGAAAACUUAGUGACCAAGUACCGUGAACGCGUCAAACGCAACAACGGACGCGUUGUGGGACCGAAGGGUAAUCCAGCAGGUCAACUUGAAGUACUGAUGACAGAAUUAGUUACUUUAAUGGACGGUGGAGACCCUAUCAGCGCUGCUUUGCUUGCGCAGAAUGUAGCGAUCGCCGCCACUGAUGCCGUCACUACAGUGGCUACACGAGAGCUUCCUCGAACGUCAACGGGUCAGGAUGAAGGUUCAACCAUCACUACUAGCGAGCCAUCGUCACCGGCCUCCAGUGGGUCUGAAGGCGCCCCAGGUGCUAACCGGAGCUUCACUACUCCUACGCCUCGAGACGAGCCGACAGUGGUGCCAAACGUAAGUACAGUGUCAGCUGUGCUGAAUGCCGCUGACCCCACAAGCAUUGCUGAGCUUAAGGCCCUGCUUCAGAAAAUGGUGGAGGAACAGACUCGGUCCGCCGCGCAAAUGCUAUUGCUCCAGCGCGAAGAACGCCAUCUGGAGGCGGAGCGGCGAGAGCGAGAGUAUGAAAUUCAGCGUAAGGAGCGCGAGAAGGAUCACGAGGCGUUAACUGCCAUGGUGAUGUCGGCCCUAACGACGUUCUUCGAGCAGGUUGACCGCAAAACAAGUAUUGGACAAUGA